AUGGCGCAGAUAUCGUGCCAUCUGAUUGAGUCCAAAAAGGGGAAAUACCCUAGAACACGUUUGAAAGCUAAUUCAAAGCCUCCGACUCCGGCAAUAGGUCGUCGCGAUCGCAGCCAGCAUUCCUUGGUAAGAGGCACCACUCCUGUGACGCCACUCACACCUCUGCGGCAGGAUGCAUUGUUGCCCAACCGACCAUCAGGGGAAGAUGUCGCUGCUGAGAACAUCGAGCUUGAUCCGCCAGAGGAAUCUUCAUCGCACGGGGUUCAAGAGCCCACGCCCGAGGAUGGCUCAGACGACCUCUAUGCCAGAUUAUCACAGCUGCGCUCAUCGACGUUACGGAAUCGCAACCUGCUAGGAAUGCACACGAUCUAUCUGGGAGAGUCAUUUUUACUCACCUAUGUAGUCCGAAAGAGUAUUGAUGCAGAAGCAACACCACCGUCCGUUUCUACGCUGCAAUUGCCUUUGCCCACAGCUGCCAGCAACAAGGACAGACUCAGACCGGAUUCGCAUCUCAGUGAGGAAGACCUGGAGGUUUUGAGAUUGAGAAACGCUUUCACAUUACUGGAGAAAGAGGCCUGCGAUGCGCUCGUAGCAACAUUCUUUCAGAUUGUCUAUCCGGCUUUUCCGAUAUUCGACAGACGAGACUUUGCUCGACUGUAUGAAACAAACCAGAUCUCAUUACUUGUUCUCAACUCAAUAUUCGCGUUGGCAAGCACCUUAUGCGAUGCCAAGGUGAUCAAAAUGGCCGGCUUUGACUGUCGAAGGUCCGCUCGAAAGGCGUUUCUCAAACGCACCAAGGCCUUGUAUGAUGCAGAUUACGACAGAGACAAGAUUUCUUUAAUUCAAGCGACCUUUGUCAUCAGCUUUCUCUGGGAUGGCGCAAACGACGCGAAAGAUAUGUGGCAUUGGCUUGGCAUCGCGAUCAGCACUGCUCAGACGAAAGGACUGCACAGAUCCACGAGGCAUUCGAUUCUACGAUUACGCGACCGCAAGCUGUGGAAGCGGCUAUGGUGGUCGCUUUAUGUUCGCGACCGCCACUGCGCAGGUACCGUUGGUCGUCCAUUGCGGAUCCGUGACGACGACUGCGACGUCGAACCGUUGGACGAAACAGACUUUAUUGAUGCCGAUGACGAUGAGUUUGGCGACAGCGACCCGGUCGUCCGCUCCAGUGUCUGCACGAGGACUAACGUUAACUUUGCACAUAUUCAAUACACUAUCUCAAUGUCCAGACUUGCUGUGAUUUUCGGCAACAUCAUCUCAAGCAAAUUUCCCAUUUCCCCUUCAAGAGACACUCUUAGUUCGGCAGAAUUGGUCGAACACCUGAAGAUAUGGCGGAAACAAUUGCUGCUUAGGGUUAGUGAUGAUGAUGAAGACCAGAACAUAUGGUUCUGGGCACGAAUGCUGGAUUUGAGCUACAAUCACCUGCUCAUUCUGCUUCAUCGUCCUGAGCACGGAAAGGUUCCGGCGACCGUUAUCUCGCCGCACCAUACAGCACUCAUAGCUGCAAAUAGGAUCUCCAGGAUCGUUGAUGAGUUCCUAGGUAUGGGGGCGAGGCAACAAACUCAGCUUCAGAUAUGCCCAAGCGUUUUCGCCGCGCUGACCAUUUAUACGUCAAUGGUUCGGCAUUCAGACAAGAUCCAACGAGAGCUUGCAGAGAACAGGGCUCGCCUUGUGAUGCUUGGCCUCAGCCAAAUUGCGGAGACAUGGCCUGCGAGCAGCUGGAUACUGCGCCUUUUCGAGACACUGUUCAAUAAUCAGCAAAUGGUACGGCCAUGGAGCACGAGAGAUCAUCGAGAAAUCGCAUCUUCGUUGUCAGCAGGCGGCCGUAUUGCACAAGAAGAAACUCUGGAUCGUGGUGUGGCAGCAGCAAACAAGCAGCAACAAGAGUUUACGGCGUCCUACGGCCAGGCUUCUCUUCAGGUAGUAGAGGGUGUUUUCAAGGACGGCAAUGGGUAG